AUUGAAAAUCAUGCAAUCAACGGGUUCACCUGAAAUUUGACGCAGCUGAUAAUUUUCUACAGCAUAUUAAACAAACUUAUUCAAACGAUAGUUUACAUAAAUAGACAAAUUAAAUUUGUAAAAUAAAAGUUCUUUUCUUAAACUUGACAACGGUAUAACAGUUUUGAAAAUUACAGUAAAUUAGGAACGGGAUUGCCGGUAUAAACGGAGUUAAUAAAACGAAUAUGUGAAAACAAAACCUCAGAAGCAAUCAUACCCUAACAUAUUAAAUAUGGGCGGAGGAGCAGGAAAAUAUCCAACAAAAGUCGACCUAGAAUGUGAUCCAUCAGACACAGGGAUUAGUGUUAUUGAAAACUCAGCAAAUAAAACAAGUAACGAGUUUACAGUACCUACAAAUACGUUGGUAUCUUGGAGCAGAAUUAUUUUCACGAAAAAGACCAAGAUUAAGAUAACAUUUAAAAGAGGCGGCGUUUUACGUAUCGGGUUAACAAGUAUUAAUCCGUCAGGAAACGGAAAUAUUUUGGAGGGUUCUGUAUUUGAGAAGGAGGAAGGAUUCACCUCAGAUGAGCAAGAUGCAGUCCGCAUAUUGAACAAAACUGAUUUUUCUUUUCGCUACGGACCAGAUGGCGGUGAAAUGGAAUACGACUGUGACAGUAAUGUGGCAGAUCUUUGGUUGUAUUUCAUCUGUGUGUAUGGAAAUCCAGAUGUAAAGGCAGAAAUAUCAAUUGAAGGGGACAAAUAUGAUAAGAUAACCCUGUGUUCUGCCGGAAGUGGCCAGGGAAGUAGUUCUUCAAUAGCAUCAAAUACAGCAAGGUGCAGAAUCAGUAAACCUGUUGUAAAUGGCGAUGUGUAUUAUUGCCACUGGGAUAUGAGAUUGUUAAACGAAAAUAUAGCAGGGAAGGCACCAUCUCAUGGUUUUAUGAGCCUGAAGCUUGUAUCAAGGAAGGAAAAUAAAGGUUCACCUGAUGAGGAAGAUGUAAUAUGGGAGCGGAGCAGCGCCGUCCAAGAAUAUCCGUUCAGUUCAGUGAUCGCCUUCCGGUUAAGUUUACACGAGAGACAAGUAUCACAUAAUUUGUUUGUUACUUCCGUUGGAAACACUGGUAAAGAUGUCUUCACCGUUCAGGAAACACUUGAUCCAAACACAUUGCAUUUUGUAAUUGAAUUUGGCAGUGGUGAAAUUCAAGUAACACAUGGAAAAAGACUGAUAAUAGCGCAAGAAGUGGGAAGCACUAUUCUAGUAAGUGGUUAUGAAUUUGACGACGAAGGGGCGAGCAUAGAUGAAACAAUUACUGAAAUCAGAUCAAAAAUAGAUUUCAAACCUCAGCGGCUUCAAUAUGGCAACAGUCCAUCAAGCUUCGUCCUUGAAUUCAAUGAAAAAUUGACGGAUCAAAGUUUAAAUAAGAUUCAACAUAAUUUGGGCUGUAAAGUCCAGCGAAUUCAUGAAACAAAAAGUGUCCAAGUCUUUUUAAAUGGCACUGAAGGGUUAGAUAAAAAAGAAGCAGAAUAUAUGUUAGAGGCUCAUUUUGCGAGAGCCAAAGCUGGUGGUGGAUCUAUCAGGAGUAUACAGGUUGAAAAAGAUAUCCCGGGCUGUUGGGUAAUCCAUUUUGAAAAGGAUGAAAUUGCAAGGAACGUUUGGAUGAAGAAAAACUACAGUUUGACCUUGGGUGAUCAUCGGGUUAAAGCUAUUGUUCUACCGUUGUAUAAAGAAUUUGGAUUGUCUGUGAACGGUGGCCAAAAACCAAUUUACGACUUUACUCCAUUGGUUGUUGAGGUAGACAAAACCAAACUCAGGUUUAUCAAGUCAAGAAAUUCAGAAAAGAAAUCAUUUGUGGAUGCUUUGAAUAAAACAAUUAAUGUUGACAUUACUUGGGAGCAACAAGAUAAUUUCGAUGAAUUCGAGGUUGACGAUGAACAAAAUUCGUUUGGCAAUGAGACCUCAUUAACUUUUAAGUUUUGUGGUUCCAAGUCGGAUUGGAAAAAGUCAGCAAAUUGGAAAGAUAUAACAAAGACAGAAGUAUCAACUUAUUUACAAACCACAAUAUAUGAAGUGGCAUUGGAUUUCGAAGUUGAUGUCACGGAUAAAUUAAAUGAUCUGAAGAGACAAUACAACUUUGAAUAUGAGAAAGACAUUAAGAACAACAAAAUAAUUAUAUGCGGAUCAAGCGAGAGUAUUUUAAAAGAAGUUACUAAAAAGGCUGGAACAAAAGUGUUAUUUCCACAUAUCGUGAGUGAAUCGAUAAAAGACAUAGUACCACAAUACUUAGCGUUAGACGCAGAAGGAAUUCUAAACGACGUGAAAACCAAAUGUCCUUAUACAUCUUUUAAGGUGAAUACAGAGACGGGAAUUAUCACUCUAAAGGGUCCAAUUGAUGAAGUGAAUGCUGCUCAACAUUGUAUAUUGAAUUUUGCUCUAUGUAUUCAAUCUGUUGAACUGCGUAUAGAGGAGGCACAUGUUCAAUUUUUGCGGAAAGGGGGUCUUGAACUACUAAAAGAACAGUUCCGUAAAGUAAACUUGAACCAUAACCUCAUUUUAUCUGAAACGAAAAAUACAAUUAUUGUAAUGAUUUACAAAGGGAAUGAACCUAUUGAGAAGAAGAAAAACAAGAUGUUAGAUAUCAUUGGAAAUUUUAUAAAAACACAUGACAUUUGUGUUGACAAAGAAGAACCCUUGAGUAAUUUUGUUACAACAGAUUGGAAACACUGUAAGGAAGAGAUUCAUGAGAAAGCAAAUGGUGCUGUAGUUGUAUUGGAACCAUCAAACAACCGUAUUAUAACAAUUAUUGGUACAGAGGAAACAGUCAAUGUUGCUAAAGCUGAGGUUGAAAACUAUCUUAAACGUCACAAACUUGGAACAGUAACGAUGCGCGUGCCAGUAGAAAUUGCAAUGUUUCUAGAUGAGUUUAAGAGUGACGAUAUCCGGGAUCAUAUCGAAUGUGUGAAAGACAGAAACGGUUUGUACACUGGAAAACUAUCUCUUAAAUGCUUACCCGAAGAAGAUAUUAAUCGUUUGCAGAAAGUAAUAGAAAAGGAUGUAAAAGAAAUAAAACAACAUUGGUUCAUUAUGAAGGAGAAAUGGAUAGCCAGUGUUAUCCAAGACCUUGUAGACCUGAAGACCUUAUCACAUAAUGAACGAUUUUUACUGGAAGCUUAUAUAGGAGAAAGUCUGGCCGGACAUUGUAUUACAGGGAUUGCUGUUUUUCCUAAAAGCGGUACAAUUAUCCAAGUCAAGCAAGGUGACAUCACAUUUGAAACAACAGCAGCGAUUGUUCACUCUACGAAUGGACAUAUUAAUGCAUUCAACAACGGAAUAGGAAAAAGCUUGCAAAAUAUUGGUGGAACAGAAAUCAGGGACGAGCUGCUACGAGCUAUUGAAGAAAGAUCAAGAAACGGUGAUAAAGAUAAAUUAUACAGAGACACCGACGCUGAAUUACAGAAACAGGUCAUACAAAGCCGUCCAGACAAUGAAGAACAACAGGGAUAUGAUGAUCCUUCCAACAAUGGCUUCAGAAAGGGAGAUCUGAUUGUGACUGAGUCUGGGCGACUUCGUUGUUUAAAUGUUAUUCAUGUAUUCCCUAUAAGAUGGAUAAAUGGAAAUAAUUCAGAAGAAAAGGAGCUGAAAGCACUAGUUCGAAAAAUAUUGCAGACAUGUCAAGACAAGAAACUUGCAUCAGUGUCUCUUACGGCAAUUGGAUGUGGCGCUGGAAAGUAUCCUGAAGACAGAGCAACGUCUAAUAUUGUAGAAGCAAUAGCUGAUUUCAUUGAAAAUACAAAAGAUGCGGUAAUCAAGGAAGUAGUGCUUUGUGAUAUGUCAGAAGCUGCAGUGAAGAAGUUUACAGAAGCUCUUGGAAAACUCAAAAGCUCUCACUGGGUUUUCUUUGAACAUGGAAAACCUAUACAAGUGGAGAAUUUCAUGUCAUCUUCAAUCAGAAAAGCCGAAAGUAAGUUAGUGAUUCGACCAAACUCGGGCCGUGAUGAACCAUUAGAUAGUCCAAGAACUGGGCUUAAAUGGGGAAGGCAGAAUGCUCAUGCUAUCAAGCCUGUUAACCAACACGAUAAGAAGAAAUAUGAUGCAGACAAAAGCAAUUUGUUUGGAGGUGGUCUUCCAUACAAAAUACCUUUAUCAGAGAAGUUAACCUUGCAUGUUUUAAGAGGUGAUUUGACCAAACAAAAGGUAGACGCCAUAGUAAACACAACGUCCGAGUUUCCUAACUUAACAGGUGAAAUUUCAAAAGCAAUAUUAAAAGCCGGCGGAAAUACAAUUAGGCAAGAAUGUCAGAACUUAGGGAAAAUUUCUGUGGGUGAAGUCAAAUCUAGUAGAGCUGGGCGUUUGAAAUGCCAACAAGUCAUUCAUGCUAGGAUUCCGAUGAGAUGGGAUUCACAUAACGGUGAAAAAUUUGUCAGUGAUUUGGUAACAACUUGUCUCGCUGAAGCAAUCAAUUAUGGCUGCUGUUCAGUUGCCUUUCCUACAAUAGGAACGGGACAUUCAGGAUUUCCUGCUGACAAAGUUGCAAAUGCUAUGGUGAAGUCAAUCUGUGAAGUUGAAAAUGAAAACUCUCCGCUCACUGAUAUUUUCAUUGUCAUUUAUUCGAUGGACGAUGGCAUAUCUAAGAUAUUUGAAGAUGUUAUCCCGCAUUGCUUCAGCAGCAUCGACAAUCACAGAGCUGGAAUGAUCAUAAGCAAGAAAGGUUCAAAGAUGCCACAGAAACAUAAAACUUUCCGAUAUGUGUCGCCACCAUCUUUUGACAAACAUUCUGAGGUAGAUGACGUUGUGAUUUUUAAAAUUGUUUCGAAAACAAACGGAGAAAAGAUUCAAAAGAAGAUUCAAGACAUAGUUAAACAUCAAGUGAAAGAAGAAAAGUUGAAUUUCCAGGAAUUAUCAAACGAAAAAACUCUUACAGAAGUUGAGGAACGGUCUUUAAAAACCUUAGAGAUGAGUUAUGGUGUUAACAUAGAGAUUGAUAAAAAGUCAAAACUCGUGAAGAUUUCGGGACUCUCGGACCGUGUGAGUGAAUGCCACUUUAAAGCGGUUGAAUUGUUGAGGGAAACAUUCCCAAAGAUGCGUUUGAAGUCAAAGAAUAUAGAAACGAUUGCGGAGACAGUGCAGUGGUACUUUGCCGAUGCUGAUGGAAAUUCUCUCCCCGUUGAUGUCACGGAUAAUUACGAGAUACACAUGAACUAUCUCAACGGUAAUGGCAACGAUUUUACAUAUGAGAACCAAACAGAGAAUAAAACGUACAAAGUGCUCAUCAAUGACAUGAUGGAACACCCGAUAGAUGACCCGAGAAAGAAAAGGCGUCUUUAUCUUAGAACGAAGGUUGAUGAACAAAUUCCCCUGCCUGACAACUGGACGAUUGCACUUGACGGAAAUAAAACAUUUGAGCAAAUUGUACUUAAGGAGACUGAUGCAGAAUUCAACGAGGUAAAAGACAAAUUUAUCAAGGGAGGAUGUCAACCGAAAAAGAUCGGAAGCAUAUCCAGAAUAGAAAAUAAAUUUUUGUGGCAACAAUACCAAACCAAAAAGAAACAAAUGGAAUCUCAAAAUCCUAAUAUACAAAACGAAAGACAGCUCUGGCACGGGACAGACAUCGAUACUGUUCCAAAAAUUGUCAAACAUGGAUAUGACCGUAGCUUUACUUCAGUGUGUGCGUAUGGAAAAGGAGCAUACUUUGCUGUUCAGUCAGCAUAUUCAGACAACAACAGAUACGCACAACCGGAUGUGAAUGGUGUCAAACGAAUGUUAUUAAACAGAGUGCUUGUAGGUGUUCAUUGUCUUGGAAAUUCAUCGGUGGAAGUACUCCCUCAGAGACCAGGAGUUACCUUCAAUAACUUUCCUGUAUGUUACGAUAGUGCAGCUGACAGUAAUGGCAAAACACCAAGCAUAUAUGUGAUCUUUCAUGAUACCCAAGCAUACCCUGAGUACUUGAUUGAAUAUUCUUAAAGGAAGUUUGUUAUACAGAAAAAACUGUUGUUUUUGCUCGUGAACCUGUUAUCAAAUAUUUUUUGAUUGGAAACCUAAAACAAAAAUAUACAUCUGGUUAUUGAUUUUCAAUUUCAAAGCAAUAUCAGAAAUUAAUGAUUAGUUUACUAAUUCUUAUGUUUGAUGUGUAUCUUCUAAGAAACAUUUCAUUUUUAUAUAUGUCCUUAUUCAUUAAUAUGGCUGUAUUGCUCCGUGAAAGCAGGCAACCAUGACUGACUUUUACCAAGUAUGCCCACUCAAAACUUUCACUUUGCGGACAUAUGCCGUUACAUGAUACGGUAUGAAUAUCUUAAAUGUUAAUUUUAAUCUGAUGGAGCCAAAGACAUUUGAGAUUUUGCCUAUUGCAACGUUUACAUAUAUUACGGUUUCUUUUAGUAAGGAGUGUUUACACAUUUUAACAAAUAUAUCAAUGAAAUGUGAAAAGAAUGAACUGAGACAUGUUUUUAAUCUGUUUAUAAAAACUAACACAUUUUGAUAAAUAGCUUUGAAGCUUUUUUUGUAUAUGCACGUUAAUUUUUCAUAUAUAUAAUGCUUUACAUUUGAUACAGAUUUUUAAAGCAGCACGAAAAAGCUGCACAGUAAUUCUUUAAUAAUACACUUAUGAAGAGUAAAUGUAACAGAGGAGAAACAUACAUUUCUAAACACAGUUACUUUUCUGUCUACAUCGUUUUCUUGAUUGCGUAGCAAUUAUGGCCAUGUACUUUUGCUAUAAGGAUGUGUUAGUAAUUAAAUUACAUGUAAAUGUACCACCAUGAUUGAAAUUUAGAUGGACUUUUUUACAAUUUCAUUUGGUAGUUCGGUUUUUAGAAUCACAAUCUAAUGGACUCUGGAUUCUGCCAAUGCUGUGACUUUGAGUACGAACCACUUUCUGGUCUGCAUCUACAAUACUAUUCUUUUUGUAAGAAUUACUGUAUGGUUAAACUAUAUAUGGCAACUGUAUAUUAUAGGUGUAAUUUUGUUCCAUUUUUAUUGGGUAAAGUCAUUGUUUAUGAACGAUUGAAACAGGUACAUUUGACUAUUUUUAAUCCGGCACAGGGGAUUUGAUAUCUGUUACGUGCAACAUAACAGCUCUGGUUAAAUCUUUGGUUCAAAUAUUGUCUCUGAAUUCUUCCUAUUUCAUUCCAUGACCAUAUUCUUGAUCUGUAUUUGUCAAUAUAUUUGUGACGCAGUUGUGAAAAAGGCACCAGGCUUACUAUACAUAUGAAUUAUUAUGUAUACACGUAUAUUAUGUAAAUGAACUUCUUGACACAAAUUUUUGUUUACUUUGUAAAACGCUGAAGCAUUAUGUUAUGAAAUCAUUAAUGCUUUUUUAUAUGAAAAAGUUAUCAACAGGACAUUUAUGACCUCCUUGUGCGUUAUUGUAAACUGUUUCUGUCAUUACUACUUUUGUUUACUGACUAUCAAGUCUAAUAUCUUCGUCAGUAUCAAAAUAAAACUAAAAGAAUUUUGGCUUAACAUAGUUUUAUUUAUUCAGAAACAGUUGCUUAUGUUACUUAUAUUAUGAAUAAAGUCUUCUCUUCACGUAUUAGACGAAAACUUGAAUAUAUAUUAAGAUAACGGGGUUCUGUAUCAAGAUGCAUAGCUCAUUGAUUGUUUGUUUUAUAUAUGAAUUUUAAUUGGAAUAUAAAUAUUUUUUUAUGAAAACAGAUAUAUUAUUCGUUUAAUAUUUAAUUUUUAUACAACAGUUUGUGUUUUACGGUUUGUAUCUUAGUCAUUUUUACUUUUGUAUUUUAUAUAACUGUAAUACCAUAACAACUUGAUCUUUGAAUUUUAUACAAAUAUAAGUCGAUA